AUGCGGCUGCAUCACGCCGCAAUGCGCGCAGCCUUCAUCGUCUGCGCCGUCGCGCUGGCACCGCCGCGCACCGUGAGACGCAUGAUCACACAACAACGGACUGCGAGACCGCGCGGCAGCACGCACCGCAGCGCCCACGUCGCGGGCCUGCUCGACGAGGACGACCUGGCCACACUCACGCGCGUGCACGAGGUCGCGACCUCUCUAACGACCCGCGGCGCCGUCGAGGACGCUUCACUGUUCGCCCCGGACUGCGUGCUCCGCUCGCAGUACGGCGACCCCAUCGCGACGGGCCCCGAGGGCGUCGCGCGCGUCGGCGAGUUCUUCGCGCGCGUCGUCGACCGCGCGUCGCUCGACCCGCCGUCGGUCUCCGACGACUACGGCAACUUCUCGCAGCCCUGGCGCAUCGCCGCGGGCGUCGCGUCCCUCGCGGGCGAGUCCAGGCUCACCGUCGGCGCCGACGGCGCCGUCGCCGAGGUCGAAUUGGUCUUAGAAACGCUCAACGGCGUCGAGCUCUCGGGCGACAACGACCGCGCGGUCGCCGCGGCGCGCGCGGCCCUCGUGGGUCUCCUCGGCGGCGAGAACGCGGACAACUACAACACGCUCGCGGACUGGGGCCAGCGCGCCGUGCUCUCGACGCUCCGGAGCCCGGUCUUCGAGCGGCCCGACUCGGAAACGAAGCCACAGAAACCGCGCGACGGCGCGGCCGCGGCGCCCGACGCCGCGGCCGUCGGCGCGCCGGGCUUCGACGCCUACGUCGUCGCCGACGCCGGCGCGCGCCGCGUGUUAGCGACGCUCGAGCGCGGCGCGUUCGCGCUCUCGCCCGUCGAAGCGCGCCGGGCCUACGCGGCGGACCUGCGCGUGUCCGGCCUCGCCGGCGAGGCCGUCGUCGGUCUGGACGGGUCGCUGGACGAGGUGCUGCGCGCGCUCGCGCUGGCGAAGCGCAGCCGCGACGCGCUCGCGGGCGCCGGCGGCGUCGCCGCGUCCGACGACGUCGACCUCGUCGCGGCGACGUUCCGCCCCGGGGACCGCGCGCUCGACGUCGUCCUGGGCUUCCACGUCGAGCCGACGGCGGCCCUGUCGCCCUUCCUCGCGUCGGCGCUGGGGCUCGGCGGCGGCGCGUUGGACGCGGAGGCGAACGUGACGUACUCUUUCGACGCGUCCACGGGCCUCGCGGCGUCGCUCGAGGUCGCGGCCGUGGCCGUCAACGGCCAAAAACUUCAGGCGCCGGCGCUCUACACCUGGGCCUCGACGGCCGCCGCGGCCCUGGGGUCGCCGGCCGCGGACCGGCGGCCGCGCGCGGCGGCGGCGGCACCCACGGCGCCCGCGAAACCCGCGAAACCCGAGGACGCGGCCGCGGUCCUCCGCGCGGCGGACGCGCACCACGCGCUGCUCGCCGAGGCCCUCUGCGGCGACGCGGGCGUCGACGACUGGCUCGACGCCGCCGGCGUCGCCGACGACGUCCGCGUGACCGGGCUCGCGGGCGAGACGCUCGCGCGGGGCCGCGGCGACGUGUCCGCGGCGCUGAAGGCCGCGCGCGCGCUGCUCCUCGUCGGCCCCUUCCCCGCGACCUGCGCCGUCGACGCCGUCACCCUCGAGCGGGACCGGUCCGUGGGCGUCGCGCUGACGCUCCGGCGCCGCAGCUCUCCCGACGUCGCCGUCAGGGUCACGCACACGGUCCGCGGCGGCGCCGUCGACGCCGUCGCCGUCGCGUCCGCGUCCGUCGAGGGCGCCGACGUCGUCCCGAAGCGGCUCGCGGAGGCGGUCAAGGCCGCGCGCGCCGCGAACGACGCGCAGUCGAGCCUCGGCGCCCUCUUCAAGGCGUUCCAGGGGGGGUCGUAA